UUGGAGAGCAAGAGGCUGAAGUUUAAUCAUUGAACCAAGUGCACUGAAUGGAUUUUGUUCAGGACUUGCUGCUCUGAGGGACUCUCCAAACUCACUUGGGAAAUGGCACUGUUGCUGAAGGCAUUCGGUCAGUCAUCCUAUUGUGUGACUACGACCCAGAGUUAUUAGUUCAACAACACAGUCAUUCUGUCUGCACCGAGGCACCAGGGAAAAUGUUUGCUGUACACUUAGUGGCCUUUUAUUUUACAAAGCUAAAAGAGGAUCAGAUCAAAAAGGUUGAUCGGUAUCUCUACCACAUGCGUCUUUCUGAUGAGGUCCUGCUUGAUGUGAUGACCCGUUUCCAAUCAGAGAUGGUGAAAGGCCUGGGAAGGGACACCCAUCCAACAACUACCGUAAAAAUGCUGCCAACAUUCGUGCGAUCACUGCCUGAUGGCUCAGAAAAGGGUGACUUUCUUGCUUUAGACCUUGGAGGAUCAAAAUUUCGAGUUCUAAGGGUCAAAGUAUCUGAAGAUGGGAAGCAAAAUGUUCAAAUGGAAAGUCAAUUCUAUCCAACUCCUAAAGAAAUCAUACAUGGCAGUGGGAAUGAUCUCUUUGAAUAUGUAACUGACUGCCUUUCAGACUUCAUGGAGACUAAGGACAUAAAGCAUAAGAAAUUGCCUCUUGGCUUUACUUUUUCAUUUCCUUGUAGACAGACUAAAUUAGCAGAGGGUGCACUAGUUUCUUGGACAAAACAUUUUAAGGUUCGAGGAGUGCAGCAAAAAGAUGUUGUGAAAUCUCUUCGCAAAGCCCUCAGGAAACAUCAGGACAUUGAUGUAGAUGUCUUGGCUUUGGUAAAUGACACAGUGGGAACAAUGAUGACCUGUGGAUAUGAUGACCCACGGUGCGAAGUUGGUGUUAUUAUUGGAACAGGGACAAAUGCUUGCUAUAUGGAAGAAAUGAGCAAUAUUGACCUUGUGGAAGGUGAUGAAGGAAGAAUGUGCAUUAACACAGAAUGGGGAGCCUUUGGAGACGACGCGUCACUGGAUGACAUCAGGACAGAAUUUGACAAGGAGAUUGACUUGGGAUCUAUCAACCCUGGGAAACAAUUGUUUGAGAAGAUGAUUAGUGGAUUGUAUUUAGGAGAACUCAUCAGGCUUAUUCUUCUGAAAAUGGCAAGGGAAGGUUUGCUUUUCAAUGGGAAAUUGUCAACAGCUCUCUGUACCAAGGGCAAGAUUGAGACAAAACAUGUAGCUGCAAUGGAAAAAUAUAAAGAAGGCCUGAACAAUACUAAAGAGAUUCUGACUGAAUUGGGUUUGACCCCAUCUGAAGAUGAUUGCAUUGCCGUUCAGCAUGUCUGCACUAUUGUUUCAUUUCGUUCAGCCAACCUCUGUGCUGCAGCCUUGGCAGCAAUACUGACACGCUUGCGUGAAAACAAAAAGUUGACAAGGCUCCGAACCACUGUUGGAAUGGAUGGAACACUGUACAAGACGCACCCUCAGUAUGCAAAACGUCUCCAUAAAGUAGUUAGAAGGCUGGUUCCUAACUGUGAUGUUCGAUUUCUGGUCUCUGAGAGUGGCAGUGGGAAAGGAGCUGCGAUGGUAACUGCAGUUGCAUAUAGACUGUUAUCUCAACAUAAACAGAUCGAUAAGGUCUUGGCAUAUUUCAAGCUAACCAAAGAGAACCUCAUAGGUGUGAAGAACAAAAUGAGAGCUGAACUGGAGCGUGGGUUAAAAAAGGAAACAAACCCAACAGCCACUGUGAAAAUGCUGCCAACGUUUGUUUAUGGAACUCCAGAUGGAACAGAGAAGGGAAAAUUCCUAGCUCUUGAUCUUGGGGGAACAAAUUUCAGAGUUUUGCUUGUAAAAAUCAGAAGUGGAAGGAGCAGGUCAGUCCGAAUGUACAACAAAAUCUUUGCCAUUCCUUUGGAAAUUAUGCAAGGAACAGGAGAAGAGCUGUUUGAUCACAUUGUCCAAUGCAUUGCAGACUUUCUGGAGUACAUGGGCAUAAAGGGUGCACGGCUCCCUCUUGGCUUCACAUUUUCCUUCCCCUGUAGACAAGCAAAAAUUGAUAAGGGAACUCUUGUCGGGUGGACCAAAGGUUUCAAGGCAACUGACUGUGAAGGAGAAGAUGUUGUUGAUAUGUUGAGGGAAGCUAUUAAACGAAGAAAUGAAUUUGAUUUGGAUAUCGUAGCUGUGGUGAAUGAUACUGUUGGGACAAUGAUGACCUGUGGUUAUGAAGAUCCAAACUGUGAAAUUGGCCUCAUUGCAGGGACAGGCAGUAAUGUUUGCUACAUGGAAGAGAUGAAGAAUAUAGAAAUAGUAGAAGGAGAAGAGGGCAGGAUGUGCAUCAAUACAGAAUGGGGAGGAUUUGGCGACAAUGGUUGCAUAGAUGAACUCAGAACAAUAUACGAUAAAGAAGUGGAUGAGGGCUCACUGAAUCCUGGGAAACAGAGGUAUGAAAAAAUGACGAGUGGCAUGUAUUUGGGAGAAAUAGUGAGACAGAUCUUGAUAGACUUGACUAAGCGAGGACUUCUCUUCAGAGGCCAGAUUUCAGAAUCACUGAGACGAAGAGGAAUAUUUGAAACUAAAUUCCUGUCUCAAAUUGAAAGUGACCGGCUUGCCCUGCUUCAAGUGAGACGAAUCCUGCAACAGCUUGGGCUUGACAGCACUUGUGAUGACAGUAUCAUUGUGAAGGAAGUGUGUGGCUCUGUUUCCAAGAGAGCAGCCCAACUAUGUGGAGCUGGAUUGGCUGCUAUAGUGGAGAAGAUACGCACUAACAAAAACCUCGAGUACCUAAAAACCACUGUUGGUGUGGAUGGCACCUUAUACAAACUGCAUCCCCACUUUUCUAGGAUCUUGCAAGAAACAGUGAAGGAGCUGGCCCCUCAGUGUGAUGUGACAUUCAUGCUGUCUGAAGAUGGGAGUGGAAAGGGAGCUGCCUUGAUUACUGCAGUUGCGAAAAGAAUGCAUACAGGUGCUGAAAACUAACUUGAUCCGACAUACAUGUUGGCAUGUGUGUGAAAUAGCAAUGUAUUGUGAAAGGUCUUGUAAAACUGGUCUGAGAUAGCUGUUCAGAAAGGGCACUCACUUCCACAGUCUGAUGGUUUUUGCUAGCUCUUGCCAAAACAGAGGCAGGUUAUUUUUCUUUUCCUCUGAACAUAGGCUGGCCUAAGUUGCCUUAUGUAAAAUUAUAUACUUGAUAUGUCUGCACUGUGCCUCAUGCUGUUCAUAACAUGAAACGGCCAGGUCACUUAGCAUUAACUAUUGUUGUUUUUAAAAUCAGUUUUUAAAAAAAUGUAUUUAUACAAUCUGUCCCUGCUGCACUCCUGUUUAAUACUUUCUUAUUCAUUUAAAACAUCCUUCAGACUGGAUAAAUUGUAAUGUGGAUGUAGACAUGGCAUUCCUAUAUUGUGGUGGACGUAGGUCUAAUACUCCUGUACAGGUUAGAUGAGUGCAAAGAGCAAAGUGCAAAGAAUCAAUGCACUUUUUAAAAAAAUUGUAAUUGUUUUUCUUAAGAAAGCAAAAGGCUGAUACCGAACAUAUAAUAAAUCAAUGUUUU